GGGAGAUUGGAGCAGGAAGGUAUUUGCGUAGGCACGAUUCAUGAUAUAAAUGUCGGGGGGAUUUCCCACUCUUGGAAGAUGCUUGUUUGAUAAACUCAAGCCACCAACCGCCUCCCUCUCGCCAUCACUGAAACCCGUUCAAAUCCAACCUCUUUCGUGUCAAUCCGCCCACCAUGAGCUACUCCCUCUACGAUGCCACCAUCCCCGUGGCCAAGAGCGCCCUCAAGUCUCUCUACAACGUCCUCAAGAAGGGCGAGGCCGCUUCCAACGGCGCCGCGCUCCUGGGCGCCAAAAUCCACGAGAACAUGCUGCCCCUGACCUUCCAGGUCUACAUGGUCACCGACACCUCGAGCAAGGCUGCCUCGCGUCUGCAGGGCGUCGAGCCCCACGCCUGGGAGGGCAAGAUCGAGACGUACGCCGACUGCUUCAGCCGCAUCGCCAAGGCUGAGGAGAUUCUGGCCGCUGCCGACAAGGAGCUCAUCAACAAGCGCCAGAACGAGACGGUGCCCCUUGGCCUGGGCAGCCGGGGAACCUUUGACAUUCCCGGCGUCGUUUACGCCAACGGCCACUUUUUGCCUACGAUCUUCUUCCACCUGACGACUGCGUAUGACAUUCUGCGCAAGGAGGGCAUUCCUCUGGGCAAGGACGACUACAUUGAGCCAUUCAACGGUUCAUUCGCUUCAGUGAAGAACUAGAUGUUGGGAUAUUACGGUUAUGGAAAAAAAUGAAGAGGCCAGUCCUGGUUUCAACAGUGUGUUUUUUGGUUUGAAUGGAUUAUAUGAUGAUUAUGGAAUUGCCAGAGUAUGAUGGAACAAGCACUCAGCAGAUGGUGUUUUGACAAAGAGCGCCACUCAAUCAAUACCCAACCUGUUCUCUUUUUCCCUAGAAAACAAGAGAUUCAAAUAUUCGUAAAAUAAAUUUUUUUACCACGCAUGAAUUGAUGUUCCAUCGCAUUCCAA